AGCUCAUCCACUCUCCAUUCUAGUUUCUCUCAUCUCUCUCUCUCUCUAUCUCUCUGUCCCUUGUUUGAUACCCCCCGUCGCUCAAGAUGGCUCCCAAGAUUGCGAUUGUUUACUACUCCAUGUACGGCCACAUCAAGCAAUUGGCCGAUGCUGAGGCCGAGGGCAUCAAAGAGGCUGGCGGCGACGCCAAGAUCUUCCAGGUCCCCGAGACACUUCCCAAGGAGGUCCUCGAGAAGAUGUACGCCGCCCCCAAGGCCGAUGUGCCCGUCAUCGACGACCCAGCCGUCCUCGAGGAGUUUGACGGUGUCCUCUUCGGUAUCCCCACACGUUACGGCAACUUCCCCGCCCAGUUCAAGGCCUUCUGGGACAAGACUGGCAAGCAAUGGCAGCAGGGAAGCUUCUGGGGCAAGUACGCCGGUCUCUUCGUUUCCACCGGCACCCAGGGUGGUGGCCAGGAGAGCACCUGCCUUGCUGCCAUGAGCACCCUUGCCCACCACGGCUUCAUCUACGUGCCAUUGGGCUACAAGACCGUAUUCGCCGACCUGGCCAACCUCGAGGAGAUCCACGGUGGCUCUGCCUGGGGCGCUGGUACCUUUGCCGGUGCCGACGGCUCGCGCCAGCCCACUGCGCUCGAGCUGAGGGUCGCCAAGGCCCAGGGCAAGGCCUUCUACGAGGCCAUUGCCAAGACUCCCCAGUGACUAGAUGAUGGUGAGAAGAAGACGGCCGCUGCUACAAAUGGUGCCACCACCGCCAAUGGAACCACGGCUGCUCCAGCAAACAAGUCGUCUACCACACCUGCUGCUGCUCCUUCAUCACAACCCCAGCAAAAGACUGAGAAAGACAAGGAGGGUCCUUGCGGGUUGCCCGUGAAGUGCGAAAUCAUGUAGAUCUUCUGUCCUGCUUUUUACCUUAUUAAUGCCUAAACCACGAACAAAUGAAUUAAUGCCAGUAUAUACAAGCAAUCAUUCCAAUCAAG